UGUACUUUAGAAAAAAAGUCAAUAAACAAAACAAUUACUAAUAACAUAAUUGUGAAUGUGUAAUAACAUGUUUAAAUUAUAAUAAUAUUUUUGAUGUUAGUACAAUAAAAAAUAUCGUUUAAAAAAGGGUUUGGUUAGAUCUAUUGCGAUGACUGAAAAGUCUGGAUGUGGUGAAUUGCAACAAUUGGUUCAAGAAGAAGAAUGUGAAGAACCAUUAAGUCAAGGUGGAGAAGCUACACCACCUUCCACACCAGCAAGAUCUCAUCAUCCAAGUAAAAAUGAUACACAUAGUUCUCAUAUAUCGCAACAAGUAUUAUGGGAAACUAAUGUACAAACAUCACCAAUUAUUAGUAAAGGAAGUUCUGGUCAGGCAACAAGUCAAGGAUCUAUGGUUUCUGGCCGUGCUGUGAAUCUUUCAAAUCAUGGUAAUCAGUCACGUCUAAUGUAUAUGAAUGAGAAGGAAAAGCAAAAACCAAAUCGACCAGAACUACCAAAAAUAAAUCGUCAACAUAGAGCUAUGGCACCAUGCAAACAUCAUUGCUUUUUGUCAGAGGUUCCUGAUGUUCGUCGUAUGGAACAAGCUUUAUUACAACUUCUGGAAGAUUUCCAUAGUGGUAAUUUACGAGCAUUUGGAAAGGAUUGUAGUAUGGAACAAAUGACAGAAAUACGAGAACAACAAGAGCAAUUAGCUAAACUUCAUUUUGAGUUAGGUCAAAGACAAGGAAUUGGUGGAGAACAAUCAGGUUUACGACAUUCAAGUGCUAAUAUGAAUAAUUUGUUGGAAUGUCUUCAAGAGCUUAGUGUUUGUAUUGAAAAAUUACAUAGCAAGUAAUUGUAAAAUAUUUAUAAUAUAUACAAAAUUUAUUUAAACAUGAUAUUUAAAUAGAAACAUGAAAAUUAAUUAAUAUAAAAAAUAGAAUAUAAUGAAAAUUUAUGUACUGUUUUGUAAUGUUUUCGCAUUUUGGAAAUAUUUCACGAUACUGCUUUUAUAUAACCGUACAUUUAACUUUUCCAAUAAUGAAAUAAUUAUAUUUCUUGA